AUGGGACGGAGGGUCCCUGUCUCUCCCUCUCUCUCUGUCUCUCUCUGUUUAUCUGCCCCUCUCUCUGUCUAUCUCCUCUCGCUCCCUUCCUUUCUCUCUCUCUGUCUCUGUCUGUGUCUCUCUCCCUCUCCCUCUCGUGCCCUCCCUCCCUCUCCCUCUCUCUCCCUCUCGUGCCCUCCCUCCCUCUCUCUCCCUCUCCCUCUCGUGUCCUCCCUCCCCUCUCUCUCCCUCUCCCUCUCGUGCCCUCCCUCCCUCUCUCCUCCCUCUCCCUCUCGUGCCCUCCCUCCCUCUCUCUCCCUCUCCCUCUUGUGCCCUCCCUCCCUCUCUCUCCCUCUCUCUCUCGUGUCCUCCCUCCCUCUCUCUCCCUCUCGUGUCCUCCCUCCCUCCCUCUCUCUCUCGUGUCCUCCCUCCCUCUCCCUCUCCCUCUCGUGUCCUCCCUCCCUCUCUCUCCCUCUCGUGUCCUCCCUCCCUCUCUCUCUCCCUCUCGUGUCCUCCCUCCCUCUCUCUCCCUCUCGUGUCCUCCCUCCCUCUCUCUCCCUCUCCCUCUCGUGUCCUCCCUCCCUCUCUCUCCCUCUCGUGCCCUCUCCCUCUCGUGUCCUCCCUCCCUCUCUCUCCCCUCUCCCUCUUGUGUCCUCCCUCCCUCUCGUGUCCUCCCUCCCUCCCUCUCUCUCCCUCUCGUGUCCUCCCUCCCUCCCUCUCCCUCUCGUGUCCUCCCUCCCUCUCUCUCCCUCUCGUGUCCUCCCUCCCUCCCUCUCCCUCUCGUGUCCUCCCUCCCUCUCUCUCCUUCUCGUGCCCUCCCUCCCUCUCUCUCCCUCUCCCUCUCGUGCCCUCCCUCCCUCUCCCUCUCGUGCCCUCCCUCCCUCUCCCUCUCGUGCCCUCCCUCCCUCUCUCUCCCUCUCGUGCCCUCCCUCCCUCUCUCUCCCUCUCGUGUCCUCCCUCCCUCUCUCUCCCUCUCCCUCUCGUGCCCUCCCUCCCUCUCCCUCUCGUGCCCUCCCUCCCUCUCCCUCCCUCUCUCUCCCUCUCCCUCUCCCUCUCGUGCCCUCCCUCCCUCUCUCUCCCUCUCGUGCCCUCCCUCCCUCUCUCUCCCUCUCCCUCUCGUGCCCUCCCUCCCUCUCUCUCCCUCUCGUGCCCUCCCUCUCCCUCUCUCCCUCUCCCUCUCGUGCCCUCCCUCUCCCUCUCUCCCUCUCCCUCUCGUGCCCUCCCUCCCUCUCUCUCCCUCUCCCUCUCGUGCCCUCCCUCCCGCUCUCUCCCUCUCCUUCUCGUGCCCUCCCUCCCUCUCUCUCCCUCUCCCUCUCGUGCCCUCCUCCCUCCCUCCCUCUCCUCUCUCUCCCUCUCGUGCCCUCCCUCACUCUCUCUCCCUCUCCCUCUCGUGCCCUCCCUCCCUCUCUCUCCCUCUCCCUCUCGUGCCCUCCCUCCCUCUCGUGCCCUCCCUCCCUCUCCCUCUCGUGCCCUCCCUCCCUCUCUCUCCCUCUCGUGCCCUCCCUCCCUCUCUCUCCCUCUCCCUCUCGUGCCCUCCCUCCUCCUCUCUCUCUCCCUCUCGUGCCCUCCCUCCCUCUCUCUCCCUCUCCCUCUCGUGCCCUCCCUCCCUCUCCCUCUCCCUCUCGUGCCCUCCCUCCCUCUCUCUCCCUCUCCCUCUCGUGCCCUCCCUCCCUCUCCCUCUCUCUCCCACUCGUGCCCUCCCUCCCUCUCUCUCCCUCUCCCUCUCGUGCCCUCCCCUCCCUCUCCCUCUCGUGCCCUCCCUCCCUCUCUCUCCCUCUCGUGCGCUCCCUCCCUCUCCCUCUCGUGCCCUCCCUCCCUCUCCCUCUCUCUCCCUCUCCCUCUCGUGCCCUCCCUCCCUCUCCCUCUCGUGCCCUCCCUCCCUCUCUCUCCCUCUCCCUCUCCGACCAGAAGCGACCGUCUGUCACCUCAGAACACACACGACCGAGCAAACACGAGGAGGAUAUGAGCGAGAAGAGGAGGAGGGAGGAUGGGAACUGA